AUGGAAUACGAUACGUCUACCCUCAACGGCGCACCCAUCACGGGUAACGUCAAGCAUGAAAAGAACACCACCAGCCCGAAUCGAGGGCGCAUAAGGAUUCAAUGCGACCCGACAGACGUCUCCAUCCUCAACCAGCCCGUCACGUUUGCCUUCUCCGGUCGAACCGCGAAGAACAGGUUCCUCAAGGCACCCAUGACCGAGAGACUGUGCCAUUGGAACAAAGAAGGCGAGGAUAUUUCCGCUCGAGGCAUGCCCAGUCCCGAGUAUCUCAACCUCUACCGACGAUGGGGCGAGGCCGAGAUCGGCAUCAUUGUCAGUGGGAACAUCAUGGUCCGCUAUGACGCGGUCGAGGCAUACGGCAACCCCAUCCUCGUCGACGACCACGAUGGCCGCCUCGCAAAGUUCAAGGAAGUCGCCGACGCCGCAAAGGCUCACGGCUCGCUCUUCAUUGCCCAACUCUCCCACCCGGGAAGGCAGGGCGGCAAGUACCUGAACCCGAACCCCGUCAGCGCGAGCGAUAUCCAGCUGAGCAUCAAGUGGGCGGGGAACGAGUUCAACAAGCCGCGACCCUUGACCAUCCCGGAGAUCAAAGAAAUGGUGAAAAGUUGGGGCGAGACUGCGUAUCUCUGCUGGAAAGCCGGAUUUGAUGGCGUCCAAGUGCACUGCGCCCACGGCUACCUGCUAGCCCAGUUCCUGAGUCCCACCACGAACCGCCGCACCGACGAGUAUGGCGGCGACCUGAACAACCGCUCCCGCAUCGUCUUCGAGAUCAUCGAGGAGAUCCAACGCCGCGUGCCGGACCCGUCGUUCAUCAUCUGCGUGAAGCUCAACUCGGUCGAGUUCCAGGACAAAGGCACCACGCCCGAGAACGCGCGGGACCUGUGCCUGAAGCUGGAAAAGGCGCGCGUGGACUUUGUCGACUUGAGCGGCGGCACGUUCGAGAGCCGAGCCUUUGAGCACAAAAAGGAGAGCACCAAGGCGCGCGAGGCCUACUUUAUCGAGUUCGCCGAGAUGAUCCGCCCGCUCCUGAAGGAGACCAAGGUGUACAUCACGGGCGGCCUGAGGACCGCGGCGGGCAUGGUCAGGGCCGUCGAGUGCGGCGCCUGUGACGGGGUCGGUCUCGGCCGACCCUUCGCCCAAGAACCGUACCUUGCCAGAGAGCUCCUGAGCGGGAAGAUCACGGGCGCCAUUGAGAACUUUUCGCCGUUGCCCCUAAACACCCAGUCUACGGGCACGCAACUACAUCAGAUCGGCAAGGGGGACGAGCUGAUCAGCGACUGGAGCGACGAGGGCGAGGUCAAGCGGUGGAUCGAGGCAGACACCAAGGAGACGGCCAGGAAGAUCAGCAUCCUGCCCGUGGUGGACAGUUCGGGCUAUCCGCCGCUCAAGGCCGAAGUUGGCUUCGCCUAUCUCGAGACUUGA